UAUUACAACAUCUAAACAACACAUUACACACUCAUACACAUCCCCUUUUUUUUCCCUUUCUUUCUCUGUACCAAAACAACAACAACAACAAUGGCAGAACUGGAAAUUCAAAAUCAAAAUCUGAUGCCGAAACUCAUCGAUUACUUAUCUUCUCUUCUGCAACGCGUCGCUGAAGCUAACGAUAUCAAUGGCCGAUUUCAACCACAGAAGAUCUCUGUUUUCCACGGACUCACGCGGCCAAAUAUCUCAAUUCAGAGCUAUUUAGAGAGGAUUUUCAAGUACGCAAAUUGUAGCCCUUGUUGUUUCGUUGUUGCUUAUGUUUAUCUCGAUCGAUUUACUCAGUGUCAACCUUCGUUGCCCAUCAACUCCUUCAAUAUUCAUCGUCUUCUUAUCACCAGCGUCAUGAUUGCUGCUAAAUUCAUGGAUGAUAUGUAUUACAAUAAUGCAUAUUAUGCAAAAGUUGGAGGAAUCAGCAUCACAGAGAUGAACUUUCUUGAAGUGGAUUUCCUAUUUGGAUUGGGUUUUCAUUUAAAUGUAACUCCCACUACUUUCCAGACUUAUUGUGCAUAUCUACAAAAAGAGAUGCUAAUGCAAUCACCACCCAUGAAUUUUGAAGAUUCUUCCUUAUUUAUAGGAAGAUCACCAAAGCUUCAAUAUAUUUGUUUCAAUGAAGACGAAUCGUCUUCGCAGCAACAACAACUAGUUGUUUGAUUAGUAUUGUUAAUGUAGUUAUCAGGUUAGGUGUAGGGUUGAUUAAACUGAAAAUUGUACUGAAAAAAAAAGGAAGAUUGUGUGGUUCUUGUGUUUUGGUUUUUGUUCUUUUAUCUUAUGUUUUGGCAACAUUUUGAGGGUGCUUUUUGAAGAACUCAUGAAAUGAAAUGGUAUGUACAGAUGGGUGUUGCUUUUGCUUUACAGUCUGGCUAAAAAAAGUUGUUUUCUUUA